UUUGCUCGAUCAAAACUUGAAUUAUCUGAAUUGUUAUCACAUAAAUUGUGAAAAUGGAGAGAAAACCCGCACAGAUUCAAGCUCCCACCUAUGGAAAUCUAGUCACUAUUCUUAGCAUAGACGGCGGUGGCAUUCGAGGAAUCAUUCCUGCCAUUAUCCUAGAUUACCUCGAAUCUCAACUUCAAGAGCUGGAUGGAGCAGAUGCAAGACUGGCAGACUACUUCGACGUGAUGUCGGGGACAAGCACCGGCGGCCUUGUGACGGCCAUGUUAGCGGCUCCCGGCGAGAAUGGCCGCCCCCUUUAUGCAGCUAGAGAUAUAAAGCCUUUCUACCUGAACAACUGUCCCAAGAUUUUCCCACAAAAAAGUGGAUGGUUUUGUGAAAUAUGGCGGUUGAUUAGAGCUGUGUUUCGCCCCAAAUACGACGGCAAGUACCUGCAUAGUCUGGUGAAGGAGGAGCUGAAAGACAUUCGCCUAAAAGACACUCUCACUAACGUUGUUAUUCCCACUUUUGACAUCAAGUGUUUGCAGCCUGUCAUCUUCUCCACUUACGAGGCUAAGAGAUGCCCAAACAUGGAUGUUUAUUUGUCAGACGUUUGCAUUGGCACUUCAGCUGCCCCCACAUACCUUCCUGCUCAUUAUUUCAAGAUUCAAGAAGGUCCCAAACAAGAAGGAAUUACUAAUCAUCCUCCCAAAGAAUACAAUGUUAUCGACGGGGGCGUCGCUGCCAAUAAUCCGACAUUGGUAGCCAUAAGCCAAGUGACCAAACAGAUUUUCGACAACAACCCAGACUUGUUCCCCAUCAAGCCCAUGGAUUUGAGCCGUUUUCUUGUGAUAUCUAUCGGGACAGGAACUGCUGGAAAUGAGUACAAGUAUAAUUCUAAGGAAGCGGCGAAAUGGGGUAUUCUCAGCUGGUUACUGCACAAAAGCUCAACCCCAUUGAUCGAAGUUUUCAUGGAGGCCAGUUCAGAUAUGGUGGAUCUGCAUAACUCCGCCGUCUUCCAGGCUCUCGGGGACUGUGAAAAUUCUUAUCUCAGAAUUCAAGUACCUGCAUCUAUCCCGAUUCCUAUUCAUUCUUUCCAAACUUCACUGACUGGAACACAAUCUUCCAUGGAUGUAGCCACUGAGGAAAAUUUGGAAAAGCUGGUGGAAAUUGGGGAGAAGCUGCUGAAGAAGCCAGUUUCCAGGGUGAAUUUAGAGACUGGUAUCAGUGAACCAAUUCCACAUUCUGGCACAAAUGAAGAUGCUCUCAAAAGGUUGGCAAAGUUUCUAUCGAAUGAAAGGAGACUUAGAGAAUCGAGAUCGCCGUUUACUAGUUGUAAAGACUCGGGACAAAAUACGGUAUCCAAUCAAUUGACCAGGGCACUGAAUCCAUGCAACUUUAAUUUCCUUGUAUAGUCUAUAGAUGAUAAAUAAAACAAUGAUAAUAUAAAUGGGUGAUUGUAACUAUAGGGUGUUUUGUUCAGCCUUCACUUAAUUAAGUAAUUAAUUUAGUUUGUAAGAU